AUGCAACAAUUGGUGUUUAGCAGAAACAUCUCAAUACCUAAAGUAUUAUCCAAUCCGUAUUCCAGCAUAACUACCCUACUUGGAUGGUUUGAAAGUAAUUCGAAAGACACAGAAGGUCAUGAUCUGACAUACCUAGAUUAUCCAAAACGUUACAAAUGGGAUAAGCCAUCCAAGUCAUGGGGCCGAAGGGUUUAUGAGUCAUCAAAAAUGAUAGGCCGACUUGCAUUCGUACAUCCUACCUCUGGUGAAUUAUUCUACUUAUGGAUGCUACUCUUCUACCAAAAGGGAUGUACAUCGUUUCAAGACAUGCGAACCGUAUCUGGUACCGUUUACCCAACUUUCAGGGUCGCCUACAAUGCACUUGGAUUAUUAGGUGACGAUGUCGAAUGGUUUACCUGUUUCAUAGAAGCUUCAACAUGGGCAAAUGCAUCACAGUUACGAUCCCUUUUUUGCCACCUACUGCUUUUCUGUGAAGUCAGCAAUCCGCGUUUAUUGUGGGAAACUGUGUGUGAUAGGAUGAAAGAUGACUAUCUACAUACCUUGACGACCCAACUGCCAGAUAAGACCAUUGGUUUAGCUGUUUACAUAAUCAAACAACAGCUGCUCCACGAUUUAGAUGACACACUCCUUUCCGUUGUCCCAUCUAAAUCGAUGGCAGACUUUGGCCUUCCAGUUCCCUCAUUAGAUGCCAACGGUAUUUUACGAAAUCGACUCCUUUUAGAAGAAAUGAGUUACGACAAGGCAGACCUGUUGAAACAGCACUACAAUCUACUACCAAAUCUAAACAGCGACCAACGAUUAGUGUACGACAAAGUUUCUAUAGGAAAAAUCAUUCUCGCUGUUGCUGCUUCUCGAAUUGCAUCACUUUUGUUACCUUCCGGGACAACUGCACAUUCAAGGUUCAAGAUACCUAUUGACUUAACAGACAAAAAAUCAUGCGAUAUAAAAAAACGCACCUUCCUUAGAGAUCUUAUGCAGCGUACAACACUGAUUAUUUGGGACGAAACACUAAUGAGUGACAGAAGGUGCUUUGAAUAUUUGGACCAGUCACUUAGAGACGUCCUAGACUGUGAUCAACAACCAUUUGAAGGCAUAUUGAUGCUUCUUGGUGGUGACUUCCGCCAAACUCUUCCCGUUCUACCAAAUAGCACACGCUCAGAAAUCAUUGCACUAACUUUACGGAGUUCGUACCUAUGGCCAUACUUCAUAAUUCAUAUUCUACAUACAAACAUGAGGCUAGAGUCGUCUAACAUAAUCAGUCACGACUCAAUCUCUGUCUCGAGCUUUUCCGUAUGGUUGCUGAAUAUUGGAAAUGGAGUCGUAGGAGUACCAGACAAAGAGGAUCCAUGCGAUUUGAGUUGGGUAGAGAUUCCGUCUUCUAUCCUAAUAUCUGCUGCCCCUAACUCCCUACAAACCUUAAUACAUUUUGUUUAUGGGGACGGUACACUCGACGACCCGACCGGCACACACCUCUCAAUGAGAGCAAUAGUUUUUCCCACAAAUGAUUCAACCGAUGAAAUAAAUGCUCACAUUUUAAAAAUGGUCACAACCGUUGGCAGGACAUACAAUAGCACAAACAUGAUGCAGCCAAAUGGAAAGCUCACAUCGGACUUGGAAGGCCUGUAUCCAAUCGAAUUCCUAAACCAACUGACCUUUCCAGGAAUACCGCCACAUGAGCUUACACUUAAGCUACACUGCCCAAUAAUGUUGUUGAGAAACAUAAAUCAGAGAGAAGGUUUGUGUAAUGGAACCUGA